AUGUGGGAGGGGCCUUGAAUACUGCCUUCUCAUCAAAGCCCAGUGAAAAAGAAUGACCACCCGGCGUGCUCAUCUUGAGGAUGACCUUUCCUGUCCGAUCUGUGGACAUAUUCUCAGUCAGCCAGUGGUGCUCACUUGUAGACACAGAUUCUGUAAAGCCUGUCUGAAAGACAGCUGGGAGACACAAGGCAGCGAGGGUUCGCACCACUGUCCUCUGUGCUGGCGCCAUUCCUCUAUGGAUCAAAUUGUGGUGAGCACUCUGCUGGAGAGGUCCUGUGAAUCCUUCAAGAUGAACAGAAGCUGGAAUGACCCAGAGGCUUGUAGGGAGCAUGGAGAAAAGCUCACAUUGUUCUGUUUGGAGGACUUGGAGCCGAUCUGUGGUUUAUGUGGGAAAGCAGCUGCACACACUGGGCACAGGCUCUAUCCCAUCAGAGAAGGUGCUCAUGACUGUAAGGAGGAACUGAAGAACGCGCUGCUGCCUUUGAAAGAGAAGUUGCAGCUGUACAAGAAGGCGAAAACGGUCUGUGAGGAAAUAGCAGAACAUGUCAAGCACCAGGCUGAACAUACCGAAACACAGAUCAAGGAGGAAUUUGAAGCCCUUCACCGUUUCCUGAAGGAGCAGGAGGCUGCCAGGCUUUCUGCUUUAAAGGCCGACGAGGACCAGAAGAAUCUGAUGGUUACUGAGAGGUUUGAGGAGAUGAACGAUGAAAUAGCAUCUCUCUCCAACACCAUCAACUUAGUGGAGCAGGAGAUGAAAUCUCAAGACAUCCCAUUUCUUAAGAAUUACAAGGAAACAAUUAAGAGAACCUGGCGACCUACCCUUGAUCCAGAGAUGAUCUCUGAUGCUUUGAUUGAUGUGGCCAAGCACCUGGGCUCCCUGAAAUAUAAAGUGUGGGAGAAGAUGAAGAGAGUCAUCAAAUAUAAUCCUGUGAUUAUUGAUCCAAACACUGCAGCCAGCUGCUUUGUCAUCUCAGAGGAUCUCACACAUGUGCAGAACUCUACCCAGAUUUUCAAGCUGCCGGACAACCCUGAACGAUUUGACAUCAGUGCUGAGAUGCUGGCUGCUGAGGGUUAUACCACUGGACGCCACAGCUGGGAUGUGGAGGUCGGGGAGAACACCUACUGGGUGGUGGGUGUAGCCAGCGAGUCCAUCAACAGGAAGGGCAAGCACGUGCUGACACCAGCUGAGGGAUUCUGGACUAUAAGGUUUCGUAACGGAGAGCACAAGGCCUGCACUGCACCAUGGGAGCCACUGAACAUGACUAGGAAGCCUGAAGUGAUAAGAAUAGUUUUAGACAUGGACAGAGGCAAGGUGACCUUUUACGACCCUAGGGAGAGAUCACCUCUGUACACCUUCACAGAGGUCAUCACACCCAGAGCCUUUCCCUACUUUUGUACUGCCUGCAAAGAGCAUCCACUGAAAAUCCUACCCACGAGGAUACUCGUGGCAAUGGACUAGUGAAUGGACUGAUUUGCAUUGGAGACACAUCGCCAUUAUUUGUGUAAAGAAAUGAAGGGCUGUAACUGGGAUAUUACAGAACGGCACUGCCAUUUUUUUAAUGAAUGACAUGAAACAGAGAUGUUUUAAAAUAUUUAAUUUGAGUUAGCUUCAACAAAAAUGUAGUCUCGGAGUGGAUC